UUGGGCCCACGACUCCACCGGACGCACUCGCUCCCCACCACAUCUCGUCACACCGUAGCGCAUACACUCGGCACCCUCUCGCGUUGAUCAGCAUAGCGUACAGGUGCCCCUACCCAGACAGCAUACAAGAUGAACGCAGCCAAAGCCUCUGCCGCCUUCGGGGGAGAUGUAGAGGGGCAAGGCGGAUCGCAGUCUGCUGGUGUAGCUUCUUUCUCCUCCAGCGGGACCCUAAUGAAGUCCAGCACGAGCGCGAGCAUGAACGGGUCGUCAUCGCUCACAUCGUCUGCUACUCCUACCAAAAGCGGUUACGCAGCCCGUCCAGCUCGUCAGCAGAUCACGCAAGCCAAGCUGGACGCGAUCCGUUUGGCCAACGAUAAAGCAUCUCAGAGCGGCUUGACGUACAAUAUCUGGUACAACAAGUACAGCGGUGGGGAUCGGGAAGAUACAAUGUCGAACAAGAUCAAGAGCGAGACGCGGGUGGAUGUAGCUCGAGAUAGCGGUUGGACGCGGGCAGACACAAAGGGGGCAGGUGGAGGAUUUGUGUGCCUCUUCUUUGCGAGGGGUUAUUGUCCAUUGGGAAACAAGUGCGAUUUCUAUCAUCGUCUACCCGAGGUCAAGGAUCUGCCCGAACAAGGUCGAGAUGUUUUUGGUAGGGAAAAGCACGGAGACUAUAGGGACGACAUGGGCGGCGUGGGCUCGCUGGAACGCGUCAAUAGAACGCUUUACAUUGGACGCAUCGUGGAGGAGAACGACGCGUUUUCGAGAGGUGGCGGUCAAAGUGGCGCAGCGAACAUGUCUCAGCAGAAUUGGAGGGAUGUGGGAAGGAAUACGACGAGCUUGACCAGGGAACAAAGAGAAAAGAAGAGGGAAAAGGAGAGAAAGAUGGGAAUGAGCGGGACGGAAAUGGUACUGAGAAGGCACUUUGGAGAGUUUGGAGAGAUUCAGAGGGUCAAAGUGCUGCACACGCGUUCUUGCGCCUUCGUGACCUACACUUUCGAAUCUUCGGCUCAAUUCGCAAAAGAGGCCAUGUCCAACCAAUCGCUGGACCACAACGAGGUUUUGAACGUGCGAUGGGCCACGGAUGAUCCCAAUCCAGGAGCUCAGAAGAGGGAUCACAGAGAGAGGCAGACUUUGGGAAGCGAGAGGAUGUGGGAAAAGAUGAGCGAGGAGCAGAGAGAUGCGCUGAGAGGGCUGCACAGGCUCGAAGGACCGGUCGAAGCAGAAGGCGAUGUUGAUGGGGCACAGCAAGAGGAUGGUACGCAGAUCAAAAGGCCAAGAAUAGAAGAACACCCAUCGACGGAGAUGACGGACGAAGAGUAUGAACAGCUGCUAAGGGAAAACGAAGCGGGAUGGGCAUCCAUGGGCGGUGAGCCUGCGCAGAACGUUCCGGCGCCUCAGCUUCAAGCUGCUGCAACACAAGCACAACAGAGCAAAUUCAUCGACCUUGCCACCCUUGGAGAUCUUCGAGGGCUCGUGAAUCGCAGUCAAGCCAAUGGCAAAGGUAGUGUGGUGGGCCAUGGUGAAGGAAGGAAAGCCGAGCAGCUCAAACAAGCUACACCGGCACCAGGCGGCGCUAGCGCACUGGGAGGUUUGGCCAACUAUGCGAGCGAUAGCGAGGACGAGGGGCAGGAAUAGCGAUGUCUCUUACGAAGCCGGCCACACGGAAGAGCUGUAUCAAUAGGAACAAACUUCGAAAUGCACUAUAUUGGCAAAGUCGGCCAGUCGACCAGAUACGACUGAUUGUCUUUUACGAUGUCUGCGUCGCUAUGCGAUGCUAAACUUUCCCGCUCGAGCAGAUUUUGGACUUGGAGCCUCGUCUCAAACUACCAAGAGAUUCGCGAACAGAUCGCAUCAGCAUUCAAGACUGGGUCUUGCAUUCAGAGCGCUGGAAAGUCAUGCGGAACCACAACGAGCGCCUAUUGGGCUCAAAGGAACGAGGCA